CCUCCCGCCCGCCUUGCGCCUUGGCCUUGCUCUGCUUCACACACAAUGCGCCCGCUCCCGGCGUCCGUGGCGUCCCGGCUGGCCGGCGUGCUCGCGGACCCGGCCGGCGUCCCGCUGCCCGUCUUCAACUCCCUCCUCUCCGCGCUCGCCGCCUCCGCGGAUCCCUCGCACGCGCACCUCCCGCUCCACCUCUUCCGCCGCCGCCUCCUCCCGUGCCGCCGCCCCGACGCGUUCACCCUCUCCGCCCUCACCUCCUCCCUCCCCUCCGCCGCAGCCGACGCCCUCCACGCCCUCGCGCUCCGCCUCGGCCUCCUCCACGCCGACCCCGUCCUCGCCAACUCCUUCCUCCGUCUCUACCUCCGCCCGCCCAGCCCCCGCCCGGGCCUUGCGCGCCGCCUGUUCGACGAAAUGCCCGCGCGGACCGCGUCCUCCUACAACACCCUCAUCUCGCACUCGAGCUUGCCUGGCGCCGCGGUUGAGGGCGUGUGGGGCCUCGUCCGCCGGAUGGUCGCGGAUGGGUGCGCGCCCGACCGGUUCACGGUCUCUGCUGUGCUGCCCACCUGCCCGUCCGCCAGUCGGGGCAGGGAGCUGCAUUGCUACGCCGUGAGGUCUGGGAUGUUCGGGGCGGGCGAUUUCCAUGUCAGCAGCGGCCUCGUGUCCAUGUACUGCAGGGUUGGCAACCCGGAACUUGCGCACGCAGUUCUCAACGGGAUGGAGCAGAGGAACGUUGUUUCCUGGACCGCCAUGGUGGGAGGGUACACGGAGAAUGAAAUGUUUGAGGGCGCCAUGGAUGCUUUCCGUGCAAUGUGGCUGAUCGAUGGCAUCCUACCAAAUAAGAUCGCAUUGAUUAGCGUGCUAUCGGCCGUUGAGGCCCUCUCGGCCUUAAAAGAGGGGAAGCAGGUGCAUGGUUUCGCGGUGAGGAUGGCAAUGUAUGGGGAGGUGUCACUGAGCAAUGCUUUGAUUGAUACCUACGCAAAGUGUGGGGCCUUACAUUAUGCAAGGCGGUUCUUUGAUGAUACCAGCUGGUGCAAAGAUGUCAUCUCAUGGGGUGCAAUGAUUUUGGGUUAUGGCAUUCAUGGUAUGGGUGUGGAAGCAGUUGUUUUGUUCGACCAAAUGCUUGCCUCUGGGAUUAAACCUGACAAGAUAGUUGGCCUGGUUGUUCUUUCAGCGUGUUGCCGUGCGGGAUUGGUGUUGAAGGGCCUUGAUAUAUACAACUCCCUGGUAAAGGAUCAUGGGGUUCAACCCACUGAGGAGAUGUGUGCGUGCGUUGUUGAUUUACUUGGUCGAUCUGGGAAUGUUGACCAUGCCUUGGAUUUUAUGAAGUCAAUGAGUGUAGAACCAGGCCCUAGUGUCUGGGGAGCUCUUCUGGAUGCCUCUGGAACACACAGCAACAAAGAAAUUCAAGAUUUGGCCUCCAAAUCUCUUCUUAGAUUGGGAGAAGGGAAACCAUCAAAUCUUGUUGCAGUUUCUAAUGUCAAUGCCUCUUCAGAAAUGUGGAAUGUUGUUGAACGAGUAAGAAAUACAAUUAAUCAGGGGUCAUUGAAGAAGAAAACUGGUCGUAGCUGGUAAAUCCAACAUAGGUUAACAAUGCUUUUCAGAGUGACUUGUCGAUGGUGUUUCAACACUUCUGAUCUGAAGUGUACAUUUUAAUUGGCCGCGGCCUGGAAGGGAUUGCAUCAGGUCACACACAUUACUGGACCAGGGUGUGUUGAAGCUACAACAGCAGAGCUGCAAUACUUGUAUAUUCGAUGACACAUUUACUGUUUGAGCCUAUAAACAACAAAAGUACCUUCUACGAUUUCGAAGUUGUCCACAAUAUCCACUCUUUCUACGUUAUUAAGGCUGGACAUGAUGUAAAGUAAGAUAAUUGGAGACCAGAUUGAAUGUAACCAUAAAGGAACAGCGAGAGGGGGGAAAAUCCGAUGCUUAUAUCUUGUUUCUGUACUUCCAGCAUCUGCAUAAAUGGCACUACAAGCAUGUGAAUCGUUUCCUCGAAGCAAAGGGAUGUUUGAUGAACAAGACAGAUCAUGGAAGUGGAACGAAGAAGUCAGAUCACCAUGUUUUUUAGAGAGUGAAUCUAUUGUCAUAUAUCUAGCCUCGCCAUCUGGAUCCAUCAGCCAUUUCCUUAUUCGAUGACCAGGCUUGUUCACUUUCAGAGGUGACAGCAGGUUUGGUCCUGUGACCCUUUCCAGAAUAUCAUGACUCACUGGAUUGAGAUCUCACGAUGAUGGCAAGGACUGCCCCCUCCCCUCCCAUGUUGUUGGUUAGGUCCUCGUGAUCACAUGCGCGAAGAGGCGUGUCAUCUCCGACUUAAGCAAGCCUCCCUGACUGGAACGGCUCGGGGCGCUGUAGCCUUUCGUCCGGGGGGGAUCGUUGCUGUUGGUGCCGCGUCAUAAUUGUUCCCCGGUCUCAGCAUGCUCCGUGCAGGGCUGCUACAUCCCUUUUGUAGGCGGGUUCGCCCCGUCUUAAAAGAUGGCGGCAUGCUAAUAGCAUGAUGAUUAGCCAUUAAUAUGUGAUUGGAAAGCCCCAACCGCGCACCGCGCAUAACUCUCCGGGGCGCAUUGUGUUAUCCGCUGGUAACUCUUCAGAUUGUAGCUGCACUGCAGGAUGAUCACCACCCUCACACGCGCAUCACUGCAUCAGUCAGUGGCUGGUGGAAGAUCUCGCUCUUACUUGCGUAUGUUCAGUGUUACAGUCUGUGUGGUGGUAGCAUAGCAUAAGAGCACAGCAACAGCAUAUCCGUCCGUCCGUCCAUCCUCGCCAUGUGGGGGACGCCUGGUCUCGCCCGUUGCUCUCGGCGAAGUAAUUGCGAUGUGGGACUUGACAGGGCACUGAUAACCAGCCAAUCAUGGACUCGUUGUACCCUCGCGCCAUCAAGCGGCCCGGCCUCCCGCUCCCGCCCAUGAAGAUCUCACGUGGAUGGGAUCCACUGUCACUGUUGCAUCCCAAGGUACGCGCCCCGGCCCUCGCUCGAUCGCAGCCAAUCAAGCCGCUCGUCCGGAUGGGUGCACGGCCGCCGUGCCCGUGGCGAGCGACACCCCGGCCGACCGACCGACGGCGUGCAUAUACUUUCAUCUUUCACCGCGCGGUGGUUGCUCUUCUUCUCCGAUGUGCAGGCAGCGCAGGUGGAGGGCGGCUCCUCCGCGGCUGGCUGGCCGCCGAGGGAGGAGGACGAGGAGGAGGGCGACCGCGCCAUGUCGGAUGGCGGGGUCAUGUGGCGGUCACGUGGCGCGCGUGUCGGCGGCGUCGCCCUCGGUGCCCUGGCGGUGACGGCGACCCGCGGUGAUUCCGAAUUCAUUGCGGCGACUGGAUGGAUCGGGGUUCAGGGCCGUCGCUGUCGCGGCCAGCGAGAUGGGCCGCCGCGCUGGCCGGAUACGGAGCGGGACUCCGGACACCGUCCCUGCUCCGCCUCCGGUGGCACGGCCGGGGUCCCACCGGCCGCUGUCCGUACGCGUUUGGCAGCACCCACACUACACCCGUAUCCGGUAGUAUCCGUAUACAGCAUGUCUGUACCAUACCGAUCCAUCCAAUUGUGCGAGGAACGGCGACGGUCGCCUGGGCCCGGCUGGCUGUGUUCCGAUGGCGAGAUGGCUGGUAACAUUCCGCUGAUCGACUGCGCCAGGUGCCGGAGGACAUGUAGGCGGGCCUCGUGGCGACAGUCCUGGACGAUGAUUGGUGAACAGGCGACCAUGGGUGAGCGGUGACAACUGACAGGUGAGUAGGUGACAUUGCAGGACAGGUAAGAAGAGGCGCACAGCUGAGCGGCGGCGGCCGCCGUGCAUGCAUGAACGUAACCGGGAUCAGUGAAAAGGAAUGUCCCGGAGAAUCUCCGGGCGCCGGCGCUGUUGGGGCACUUGCAACGCUCGCGUUCCAAUAGUUACCUGACAGUCAGUCGUCCAGCUCGCCCUUUCUUCCUCUCGACCUCUGUUGUUGUUGUUGUUGGAGGGUGAGGUGAAUAGGCGAUCGGCACACUCUCUCUCA